AUGUCAAGCUUCUCUUUGAGAUCAACGUCGCUUUCAGACUCUCCGCGCAGGCGAGUAAUGGGAUUUCUCCCGCGGAAAGCGAGCACUAAUGCCAAUGUCAACGAGGAUUCAGAUGACGAAAAUAUACUAGGACCCCCUCAGCUCAGCGACUUCGGCUCAGCCUUGCUUUCAGAUAAGGAAAAUGUAGAGCCUAGCAGCCAUACUGGUCACCAAAAGUACCUAUCAAUCAAAAGACUCAGAACUUCCAAAGAAAGCCCAAAGACACUUUUGGGACUGGAGCCAACAGACGUACAGAGAAAUGCGCCUUCCAACAAUACUUAUAGUGGUACCUCUGCUCCUUACUCUACCUCUCAAUAUAAUGAAGACCCUUCGGACUAUACUAUGUUUGCCCACUCGAAAGAUCAUCAGCAGAGCAUGACCACUUUUGAAUCUGCACCACAGCCUGACAUAAGUAAAUCUUACUUUCCUGGGGCUGAGAAGGGGCGCGCGAAGAUCAACAAUUUGCAACAAGCACUGAAAGAUGAAUUACUAACAAGAAGCUCAAGGCGCAGAAACAGAAGAUUUAUUUCUUCGCGGUUAAGUGCUUUGGGACCAGCAAAAAGGGCUUCUUCUACCGCGGUAACUCCGAGCAAAAGUGAACUUGUUGACGACUCUAACGUAUCCCAGCAGGAAAUGAACCUGUCUAAUUCUUCCAGUGUUACUGGGUCUGCGAACAAAAACAUGGGUCGAAACUAUAAUGUAUUUUAUGAACCUACACAAGGAAACCCCCCAUCUACGAAUCAAAUCGGCAGUGCUGGGCUUGUCGAAGGUAAUUAUGAUGAUAUUGAAUUUGGUGAUCUAAAUCCAUAUCAAUACCUCAAAAGGCACAACCUGCCAACUACUGAACUUCCUAAUAUUUCUAGAGUUUAUUUUGAGCGUCAAAAGGGCGAGAAUAGGAGAGCUGCGCUGCGGAAAAAUACUCUCACUAAGGACACAAUCCAGAGUAGACUUGCAUCAGCGUCGUUGUCGAACUCACCCCUCGUUCAACAUACCGAGGCUGGAAAAGGUGACCUUAUCUCAGCCAAACGAGAACCUAGGCGAAAAAUUAGCGAUAGCUCUACUAAAAACGUACUCAAGGCCCUAUCCUCGCCCGCUAAGGGCCUGACUAAUGUAAACAAAGACAGCCAUAGUGGUUUGAAUCGCCAUGAGCACGAAAGCAAGUAUGAACAUAUCGAAAUACCCGAUUCUAGCUAUCAUGGCUAUAUUAAAAGACGAGAGGCGCUUUCUAACAUUGACCUGAACAGCAAUCGCAGUUAUCAAUCUCAGCACAAAAAAUUAAAAUAUGCGGAAGACCGUGGGACUAGUAAGGAUGAGCUGUAUCAACAACCACAAUACCACCAUAGAGAAUACCCUAACAGCGAGGCCAAUGUGCCUGUGUAUCCCAAUUCACAGGUAUCAACAGUGAAAAAGCACGUAGAAAUCGUGGAGCCCGCAAAAGUUCUUAGCAACGCUUCCCGUACUUCUCCCCCGCUCGAAACCGAUCAUGUGUACAAGAAACGCGCGGUAGUAAGUGUGAAUGGAAACGACUAUGAGAAGCUUGAACUCCUGGGUAGAGGUGGCACUUCCAAAGUUUACAAGGUCAAGAACUCGGCCAACAAGGUUUAUGCUCUCAAAAGAGUCUCGUUUGAUGAAUUUGAUGAUAACAGCAUCGACAGCUUUAAGGGCGAGAUAGAAUUACUCAAGAAGCUAGAAACUAAGCCUCGAGUAGUUAAGCUCAUCGACUAUGAAAUGAGUCAAGGAGUACUUUAUGUCGUUAUGGAAUGUGGUGAUCAUGAUUUGUCACACACUCUUGCUCAGAGAUCGAAUAUGGAUUUUGAUGUGGAAUUUGUUAGAUACCACGCACAGGAGAUGUUCAAGUGUGUCAAAGUAGUACAUGACGCUGGGAUUGUGCAUUCUGACCUAAAGCCCGCCAACUUUGUUUUUGUCAAGGGCAUUCUCAAGAUCAUUGACUUUGGAAUUGCAAAUGCGGUACCAGAGCAUACUGUGAAUAUUUAUCGAGAAACUCAAAUUGGUACACCAAACUAUAUGGCGCCUGAGGCGCUUGUGGCAAUGAAUUUUACACAUGAUCGGUCUGUGGAGCAGAAUAGGUGGAAGGUAGGAAAGCCGUCAGAUAUAUGGUCUUGUGGCUGUAUUAUCUAUCAGAUGAUAUAUGGAAGGCCGCCUUAUGGUGGCUUUCAAGGGCAGAAUAGACUCUUGGCAAUAAUGAAUCCCGAUGUCAAGAUUAUUUAUCCAGAAAAAACACCAAAUGGUGAUAUUGUCCCUAAAACUGUGAUUGAUACAAUGAAGGCUUGCCUUGAAAGAGAUCCAGAUAAAAGAUGGACGGUAGAUGAGGCGCUGAACGGGCCAUUCGUGAGGCCAAUUGCGGUUACACACUUUUUUGUUCGUGACUUGAUAAGAAAUUCUGUGAAAUAUGGGUUUAAUCAAAGGGAGCUAUCUAAUGACAAAAUAGAAGAAUUAGCUGACGACGUGUGGCACAGAUUAGCGGAAUUCAGGUUAUAA